AGGCACACAUUUCGAACUUCACAUUUCGCUUGGCGGCGCGAGACCAAAGGAACAAAUUUAUACAAUAGAAAAUAAUUUAAUUUUUUUUUUGUAUGUACCAAAAUUGCUUUUAAUGCAUUGGAAAUAAAUAAAUACAGUGAUUUGUGAAAAUAGCAACGCAGUGCUUAACGGUAUGUGCUGAAAGUGAGUGCAAAUAAGCGUUGAAGCAUUGCCAGUUAGAAAACAUUCAAGUAUUGUGUAUUAAGUGACAUUUUGGGAAUUCUUUUUUUGUUUUAAUUUUAUUAAAUAAUGUACAUUUGAACGCUCGGUAGCCAAGCCCACCACUUAGUGGCACUAAACAAACAAAUUUGUAGAAAUUCUUAUUGCAAGCAACAACAGAAAUAACAAAAUUUUAAAAUAGCAAACACUUAACGGUUAUAAUAACAGCUUAAAACUGGUUAAAACUGGCAAUUAGCAAAAUGCCAAUGAAACAUAAUUUACGAGUUUGCGAAACGCAAUCAUCAAAGUACCGAAUAAGAAAUGUCGUAGUGUCACUUUCACUGUUGCUCCUGUCCCUAUGCGGCUGCUGCAGCGCGCAGUACUCCUGGUGUGAUCCCACUUUGUGCGAGCGUGGCGUAAAGCAUUUGGCUUGUCGGAACAAUGGCAACUUUGCCAGCCGCUGCGCAGCCGAUGCCACUGAGUUGGACAUCUCCGAUUAUAAGGAUCAAUUUGUACAUGAGCAUAAUAAGCGUAGAAAUUUUUUAGCGCUCGGUUUGCUGCCCGGCUACUAUCCCGCUGCUCGUAUGGCUACAAUGAUUUGGGAUGAUGAGCUUCAAUACUUGGCAUCACUCAAUCUACGCACCUGUAUACUGGAUCACGAUUCCUGUCAUACAACAUACCGUUUUCAGUAUUCUGGGCAAAAUCUCUGUGGCGUGGUACGCGAUCGCAAUCCGAAUGUGAAUGUGAGCGGAAUUAUCGAGGAAGUCAUGGGUUUGUGGUUCAAUGAGUAUCCGCUGAUAGAUAGCAGUUAUAUAAGAAAAUUUCGCGUGACAAAAUAUUUCGAGGACUAUGGCCACUUUGCCGAGAUCGCUGUCGAUCGCAAUACCCAUGUCGGCUGUGGCAUCAUUCGUUUCACACGCCCCGAUGUGCCCUAUGUUUACAUAUAUAAUAUGGUUUGUAAUUAUGCAUCGAUUUAUGCAUUAGACACGCCAGUAUAUACAGUUGGUCAGCCGGGUUCACGUUGUUUGUCUGGGAAAAAUCCCUAUUAUCCUGGUUUAUGUUCGGUGAAUGAACAGAUUAAUCCGAAUUACUGAUUUUUAGUGUUUUUAUAUAAU